AUGACCCCAGGAGAGACCCUGCACAUGAAGACCCCUGUCAGGGAGAGCAUGGCCAUGUCCAAAGUGGCCGGCACCAGAGUCUACCUCAAGAUGGACAGCGCCCAGCCCUCAGGCUCCUUUAAGAUCAGGGGUAUCGGGCACCUCUGCAAAACGUGGGCCGAGCAAGGCUGCGAGCAUUUUGUCUGCUCUUCUGCAGGCAACGCGGGCAUGGCCACUGCCUAUGCUGCCAGGAGGUUGGGCAUCCCUGCCACGAUUGUCGUGCCGAGUACCACUCCUGCCCUCACCAUCGAGCGGCUCAAGAAUGAGGGCGCCAUGGUCAAGGUGGUGGGUGAGAUGCUGGACGAGGCCUUUGAGCUGGCCAAAGCCUUGGCGAAGAACAACCCGGGCUGGGUCUACAUCCCACCUUUUGAUCACCCCCUCAUCUGGGAAGGCCACGCCUCCCUCGUGAAGGAGCUGAAGGAAACUCUGGGAGCCAAGCCCGGGGCCAUCGCUCUGUCGGUGGGAGGCGGGGGCCUGCUGUGCGGAGUGGUCCAGGGCCUGCAGGAGGUGGGCUGGGGCGAUGUGCCCAUCAUCGCCAUGGAGACCAGAGGGGCCCACAGCUUCCAUGCCGCCACCUCAGCGGGCCGGCUCGUCUCCCUGCCGGAGAUCACCAGUGUUGCCAAGGCCCUGGGGGUGAAGAUGGUGGGGGCUCAGGCCCUGAAGCUCUCCUGGGAGCACCCCAUCUUCUCCGAGGUCAUCACGGACCAGGAAGCAGUGGCUGCCAUUGAGAAGUUUGUAGAUGAUGAGAAGAUCCUGGUGGAGCCGGCCUGCGGGGCGGCACUGGCUGCUGUCUACAGCCGCGUGGUGAAGAAGCUGCAGGGCCAGGGCAAGCUGCAGACCCCGCUAGCCUCCCUCGUGGUGGUCGUCUGUGGUGGCAGCAACAUCAGCCUGGCCCACCUGCAGGCCCUCAAGGCCCAGCUGGGCAUGAAGAGUGAGCUGCCAGAGUGA